AUGGAGGUGCUCCAAUACCAGCUAGGUCGGUCAGCUGGUACCAACCUACAUGAUGCAAAUGUGAGAAGCAUCGGCAACACCAAAUUGUGGGUUGGGAGGAGCGUUAACUCUCCAUCUCUGUACUCUAAUUAUAAUUAUUAUGAGACAUCGCGAGAACGUUCUGUGGUGAAAAAUUAUGAGACGCUGCGAGAACGUUCUGUGGUGAAAAAGAAGAAGAGCAUGUCAUGGUGGAAUGACCCUGAGAGAAAAAGAAAGAGGAGAGUGGCCAGAUACAAGUUUUAUGGGACCGAAGGUAAGCUGAAACGUUCUUUGAAGAAAGGGUUUCAAUGGUUGAAGGUCAAAUGCAUCAAAAUCUCAGCAAGUUUCUAG